AUGAAUGAUAAUAACUUUAGAGAUCACUACUUGCACGAAACAUCAACAUCUUCAGGAGGAGUUCAAGAUGAAGGAAUAUUUCUACUAGCUUCGAGUCAACCUAAGAAACGUGCAGGGAGAAAGAAGUUCAAGGAAACUCGCCACCCAAUUUAUAGGGGAGUGAGAAGGAGGGAUAAUAACAAGUGGGUUUGCGAGGUACGUGAGCCUAUUGAGCAAAAAAGAAUAUGGCUAGGAACUUAUCCUACUCCUGAAAUGGCAGCUCGAGCUCAUGAUGUAGCUGCGUUAGCACUUAGAGGUAAUCUAGCCACUUUAAAUUUCGCCGACUCUAGUUGGCGGUUGGCGGUGCCGGUAUCAAAGGAUCCCGAAGAAUUACGCCACGCCGCUAUGAAAGCAGCAGAAGCGUUCCUUCAAGAUACUGAAUCAGUUGAAAUCAAUUAUAGUGAGGGAGUGAAGUGUCAAGAAAAUAUUGUUAUUGGUGGGGCCAGUGGAAGUGACAAUAAUAAUUUGGUGGGUAAUGAAGUGAAUAACAUACAAAAUAUGGAGAUGGAUAGCAUUUUAUGUUAUAAUAAUAAUUGGGGAGGCAAUAAUGAAAUAGAGGGAUCAUCAUGGCAAGAAAAGAUGAGUGAGGGGCAUUUGUUUUCACCAACUCCCCAUUUAGAUAGUUAUUUCAGUUGGGAUGAUGUGGAAAGUGACGUGGAAGUGUCCUUGUGGAGCUAUAAUAUGUAAUUAUGUUGUUCGGAGUCCAGUGUGAGUAUCUGAUACGAGUGCAUGAUGAUAUAUAAGUUGAAUUCUUCAUCACAUAACUUAAAGGAUUCGAGGUUUGAAUCUGAAUCAUGUGGAUAUGUGUGUUGCAAUAUGAUAAAAUAAUGUAUGCUAUGACAUAUUAUUUGGUAAUUCUUUUAAUAAAUUUAUUGAACUAAAAUUAAUAAAUGUA